CUAAUGAUCUGUGUUAUUUGUUUAUUGAAUCGCUUCCCUUUAAUUCAUUUCUAGGUGCUUUUGAAGAUGAUGAUAUCACCCAUGUUGAAGGAAGUGUAGAUCCUAUUCGAGAUAUAGAAAUAAUACAUGAAGAACUUCAGCUUAAAGAUGAGGAAAUGAUUGGGCCCAUUAUAGAUAAACUAGAAAAGGUGGCUGUGAGAGGAGGUGAUAAAAAACUAAAACCUGAAUAUGACAUAAUGUGCAAAGUCAAAUCCUGGGUUAUAGAUCAAAAGAAACCUGUUCGCUUCUAUCAUGAUUGGAAUGACAAAGAAAUUGAAGUGUUGAAUAAACAUUUAUUUCUGACUUCAAAACCAAUGGUCUACUUGGUUAAUCUUUCUGAAAAAGACUACAUUAGGAAGAAAAACAAAUGGUUGAUAAAAAUUAAAGAGUGGGUGGACAAGUAUGACCCAGGUGCCUUGGUCAUUCCUUUUAGUGGGGCCUUGGAACUCAAGUUGCAAGAAUUGAGUGCUGAGGAGAGACAGAAGUAUCUGGAAGCGAACAUGACACAAAGUGCUUUGCCAAAGAUCAUUAAGGCUGGGUUUGCAGCACUCCAGCUAGAAUACUUCUUCACUGCAGGCCCAGAUGAAGUGCGUGCAUGGACCAUCAGGAAAGGGACGAAGGCUCCUCAGGCUGCAGGCAAGAUCCACACGGAUUUUGAAAAGGGAUUCAUUAUGGCUGAAGUAAUGAAGUAUGAAGAUUUUAAAGAAGAGGGUUCUGAAAAUGCAGUCAAGGCUGCUGGGAAAUACAGACAACAAGGCAGAAAUUAUAUUGUUGAAGAUGGAGAUAUUAUCUUCUUCAAAUUUAAUACACCUCAACAACCGAAGAAAAAAUAAAUUUUGUUAUUGCUCCAAUAAACAUGCAAGUUCCACAUGCAUUUUUUAACAUUAAAUUUUUGGGGGAACUGAAGGGACAAAGUUGGGCGAUGGAAAUAUUCUACAAACAAAUUAUUUUUGUUUGUUUUAAAAUUAAAAUAACCGUGUACCCGCAGUAAAAUGCAAGUUCACUAAAUGUGAACAGCUUUGCUUUUCACAUGAUUAAGACCCUACUCCAAAUUGUAGAAGCCUUUCAGGAGCCAUAUCACUCUCAUGAUACUUCAUUAAUCUCCAUCAUGUACGCCAAGCCUGACACAUUUGACAGUGAGGACAAUGUGGCUUGCUCCUUUUUGAAUCUACAGAUAAUGCAUGUUUUACAGUACUCCAGAUGUCUACACUCAAUAAAACAUUUGACAAAACCA